UAUUGGCCCAGAGGCGCGGUGGGCGGGGCGUGUGUCGGCCCCGCUCCAGCUGUGACCCGAACCGGAUCUGAUUCCGCUCGCGGCACCGACGGCACCGGGCGCGUCUCCUCGGGCCUGCGACCGCCACCGUCACCGCCACUGCCACCGCUACUGUCACCGCCGCCGCCACCGCCGCCAUGGCGCUCAGCGAUGCCGACGUGCAGAAGCAGAUCAAGCACAUGAUGGCUUUCAUCGAGCAGGAAGCCAAUGAAAAGGCUGAAGAAAUAGAUGCAAAGGCAGAAGAGGAAUUCAACAUUGAGAAGGGUCGCCUUGUUCAGACACAGAGGCUGAAAAUCAUGGAGUAUUAUGAAAAGAAGGAGAAGCAAAUUGAGCAGCAAAAGAAAAUUCAGAUGUCCAACCUGAUGAAUCAAGCAAGGCUGAAGGUCCUCAAGGCAAGGGAUGACCUUAUUGCAGAUUUGCUGAAUGAGGCCAAGCAGAGACUUGCCAAGGUGGUGAAGGAUACUGCCAGGUACCAGACACUGCUGGAUGGACUAGUUCUACAGGGAUUCUACCAGCUGCUUGAGCCCAGGUUAGUUGUUCGGUGCAGGAAGCAGGAUCUCCCCAUGGUUAAGACUGCUGUACAGAAGAGCAUUCCCAUCUACAAAAAUGCCAUAAAAAGGGAUGUGGAUGUUCACAUUGACCAAGACAGCUUCCUGCCAGAAGAUAUUGCUGGAGGUGUUGAAAUCUACAACAGUGAUGGCAAAAUUAAAGUUUCCAAUACCUUGGAAAGUCGUCUGGAUCUUGUAGCCCAGCAGAUGAUGCCAGAAAUCAGAGUGGCUCUCUUUGGUGCUAAUGCCAACAGGAAGUUUUUGGACUAAACCUCUAUGGGAGAAGGUGGGAUCUGUUCCACUGCCAUACUGAAGGGGAUGCAAAAGCAUCUGCUAAUUUAAAAUCUUGAAAUUUUACAUUACUGUGUCAUCCAGUAUCUGUUCUUCAAUCAAAUAAUUUUGCAUACCUGCUGUGCUUAGCCUCUCUGCUUGUGGUUAGAAUGCCUUGCUCAAGGGAUGUGAAGACACACAUUCAUCCAGAAGUAACACUAGGAAAUGGAGGCACUUGGGCUCUUGGCUUUCCUUGCACUGUUGUGACUCUGUAAAGACAAGUGGUCCAUUUAGGGUCACUCUCUUUGCUUUGGCCACGUCUCAGUUGUCUGAUCUGUGAAGUAAAUUCCUAUGCUGCUGAUGGCAAAUCCCCUUUCAGUUAUGGUCUUCAGUGUUACAGAGGGCAUGUAUUCCUUCCCAAGGUUAGUAGCUCAAUUCAUGUUACUUGGUCAGGCAUUUCCUGUUCUGUAUAUGUGAUUUAAAAAAAAAAAAAAGCCUGAGCCUGUAAAACUCUAUUUAUUAAAAUAAAAAUGCGUGUGUGUAUGGA